GGUGCCGCUCUGGGCUCUCGGUGCCGCCGGUGCCGCCGGUGCCGCCAUGUUGGUGACGGUGAAGGCGCUGCAGGGCCGCGAGUGCAGCAUCGAGGUGUCCCCGCACGAGGACGUGGCCGCGCUCCGGCUCUUGGUGGCCGAGCGGCUCCAGGUGCCAGUGGAGCAGCAGCGGCUCCUGUACAGGGGCAAGGCCCUGGCGGACGGACGCCGUCUCUCCGAGUACAGCAUCGGGCCCUCGGCGCGCAUCAACCUGGUGCUGAAGCCGCCGGGGGGCGGGGCCAAGGGCGGCGGGGGGGCGGGGCCUGAGAGCCCGCCCAGCCCCCCCCCGGAGGAGCUGGGGGUGCCCCCCCCUUGCCUCGCCCCCGGGGGGGCCCUGGCGCAGGUCCUGGCCCGGCACUUUGGGGUGCAGGAGGGGGCGAGGGUCCUGCAGCAGCUGCAGAAGGACUAUGCUCAGUCCCUGCGCGGGCUCAGCCUGGACGACCUGGAGCGGCUGGGAACGAGGCUGCUGCACCCGGAGGGCGGGGCCGAGGCUGGCUCCGCCCCCUCCACCAGCCCCGCCCCUUCACAGCCGACCACGCCCCUCACCCCCUGACCCCGCCCAUCAGAAAAGGGCGUCGCCCCUUGGUCCCGCCCCUUCCGUGACCGCGCCCCCUCCGUUUAAAGGGGCCGAACCCCAUUAAAGGCCCCAUUUUGGG